UCCGCCCCUGCUGCUCCCCCGCCGCUCGCCGCCGCCGCUUGCCCUCAUUUCUGAUGCAGCAGCGACCAUGACAGGUAUCGCCGCUGCUUCCUUCUUCUCCAACGCCUGCAGGUUCGGCGGUUGCGGGCUUCACUUCGACUCCCUGUCCGAGCUCAUCGUGCACAUCGAGGACAACCACAUCGAUACGGACCCCUGCCUCCUGGAGAAGCAGGAGCAGCAGCAGCCGACAUAUGUCGCCCUCAGCUACAUCAACAGGUUCAUGACAGACGCUGCGAGGCGAGAACACGAGGCGCUGAAGAAGAAGGUGCAGCCCAAGUUGUCUCUGUCUCUGACAGGCAGUCUGUCACGCAGCAAUGUUUCCACGCCUCCCCGCCACACCAGCGGAAACCUCACCCCUCCAGUCACACCACCAAUCACCCCGUCCUCUUCCUUCCGCAGCAGCACACCUACAGGUAGCGAAUGUGAUGAAGAAGAGGUAGAGUUUGAGGAGUCUGACAGUGAUGAAUCGUGGACCACAGAGAGCGCCAUCAGCUCCGAGUCCAUCCUCAGUUCCAUGUGCAUGAACGGAGGAGACGAGAAGCCUUUCGCCUGCCCCGUUCCAGGCUGUAAAAAGAGAUAUAAGAAUGUGAACGGAAUCAAGUACCACGCCAAGAACGGCCACCGAACCCAGAUAAGGGUGCGCAAACCCUUCAAGUGCCGAUGCGGGAAGAGCUACAAAACAUCUCAGGGUCUCCGCCACCACACCAUCAACUUCCACCCGCCCAUCUCCACUGACAUCAUCCGCAAGAUGCAGCAGUAGAGAAGCGAGAGAACACCGCCAUCACCAGCAGCGGCUGUUUUUCAUUCCACCCCUUCCCCUCUCAUCCAUCAGCCCCUGACCCUUUUCUUUCUCAUAUAUACUUUGCUAUGACACUAUUUUUUUUUUUUUUUGAUUGCAUGAUAGAAGUGUAUUAUUAUUCCAUCUUGAUUUUUAUUCAGAAUGUUGAAUCUUUGUGUACUUCACAGUUUUGUACUUUGCACAUUUAAGCUAUUGUUUAUCUUCUUUGUAUUUUUUUAUUUUUUUUAUUUUACACACGGUGCUUGUUAUUGAUGAGGGCAUGUUGCAGACUACAGAAUGACCACAUCACAAGUAGCCUUGCAUGUACAGUGGGGCAUUCUGCUUUUAAGGGAAGCGGAGGAAAGAUUUGUUUUUGGAGAGAAAGGAGGCACCAUUAUCAUGCUUUUGCACCUAAAAUGUGACAACUGAAAAAUGAAUGUGUGCUGAAAAUCCAACAUGUACAAAAGCCGUUUUUCAGUCUCUAUCAGACUUACUGUUGGACUUGACUGUAGUUCUUUUCAUAUCACAAGAAUCCAACCCCCCCUUUCUUUUUUUAAAAAAUAUAUUUUACUCCAACCACUUUUGUUGUGUGUGAGCACCAAAGGAUUAUCUCAGGUGAUUUUCGCAAAGCAUUUCAGCACCACAAUCCUGCCCAAGUGUUUUGAAAGUAUUUAUGCUGUUCAGUGGGAUCAUGGGAACUCUUGUGCGUCCUCGUGCUCCCGAUCACUUUCCUCAAGACCUACGCAGUUUUCCUUCCUUGCUACUUUACAGUAAGGGAUCAAAGCACUUUUUGUAAAAGUUGCCAAACAAAAUAGCAUUUUUGCCAAUACCUUGUUUCUAGUGUAUAUACGUCGAGUGUACAAUUGCACGUUCUACGAUAGAUUGCUCCGAGUGUUUUCAGUAUUGUGAGAUUUCUGUAUGAACAGUAGUUGCCUUGAAUUGUAAACCAUUCCAAACAGUACAGUAAAUCUUUGUAUGGUUUCAUUUUGACAGUUUAUACGAAUUCAGCUGAAGGCAGGCAGCCACUUCAGACUGUUUGCUGAUCUCCCUGAUCUUACAGAACUAUUUGAUUAAUCCAUGAUAUGGAUAAUAUGAAAACAGGGGCUGACUUUGGCCAUAUAUUUAGCACACUGAUGUUCUCACAGUUUGACUGAGAGAAACACAUGCAGUUCUUACUUUGUGCCAUAACAACAUAAUGUCAUUCAUCCGUGAAGACUUAAAAAUGAUGAACCACGGGUCAAGCAAUGCCACAAGAAAUAGGAAUUAUCAACACUGAGCCAUUAGCUAAAAAUCUUCACAGCAUGGAUGUUUGUGUGUUAAUAAAGUACGGCCCAAUUAAGAAUUGUGGCAGUAUUAUUCUGCCAGUAUGGAGAAAACUCUUUGAUAUAGUGUACAGUGAAUGUAUUGUCAUGUGUUAAGUGCAUUAAAUUAUAUUUUCAUAUGUUUCUGAGGUAAGACAAAAAGACAUAUGUAUGAAAACGUGUAUGAAAAGCUAAAAACCAGAGGUGGUGACGUACUGUAUUUCUUCAAAAAAAAGCUGCUUCAUGUAAACUUUUGUUACGUUUAGAAUAAAAGUUCCUCUGUUC